AUGUUUUUCAGCCAGCUGAGUAAAGUGUCGGGGUCCGCAAGUAAGGGCCAUCCGCAGAACUCGGCGAAUGUGAAGAAGACGGUGAUUACGACCACGAAGGUCGUGAGGAAAUCGUCGUCUCCAUUGGCGCAACCAGCCGCGGCUGCCAGCGGUUCCCAUGGCAGCGGUAGCAGCAGCGGCAGCGGCAUCAGUGGUGGUAUUGCGGGUUCGAAUGUCGGUAAUAACAGCUCGAAACGGGAUAGGCAGGUGAAAAAUAGACACUCUUCAGAACCUGUGGCCAGCUCGAAACGAAAAAGAGUCGAAAAUCGAAGUACAGCUGGAGCCAGGACCGGUCGAGCGACGGCGGGCUCGUCGCCUCUAGCGACAGAUCAGAAUGGAAGUACUGGGUCGACGGGUGGUAGUAGCGGAGUUGGUGGUCGUGGAGGUGAUAGAGCGACGUCGUCGCCGAAACCUCGGAAGCGUAGAACCGCUAAAUCGUAUAAUACACGCGUUUCGGACGAGUCGUCGUCGGAGGAAGAAGAGAACUGGGAGCUGACGCUCAAGAAGCCGUCGUCGGCCAGUAUCACUGCAACUCAGUCUCCAUCGUCUGAUCUGGAGUUUGAAGAUGGCCAGACGAGUCGUCAGUUCUAUUUAGAUCCCGAAAACCACUCGUCCGAACUGGCUGGUCCAGUGGAUAUAAUAUCGUUUGCACAGCUGGUGACAUCGACUUCCAGGAACGUGCGAUAUAAACCGCUGUUUGAUUUCAAGAAGAACACCGUGAAUAAUAGUCGUAAUGAAUCUUACAAGACGAAUGAACCCGAAAAUGAACAAAAAGACGAUGAGAAGAGGACAAUCACGUUGCAAUUGCCGUUCGGAUCAGAAGAGUAUCCAGUAAUGAUCCCCUCAAAAGUAGAAGAAGCCAAUCCCAUAGACGAGAUCGCUGCGGUGUUUGAAAUGACAGCCACUGUUUUUGUGCCGGGAGGAGGUGAGAACUCACCGUCGUGGCUCAUUAAACACCCCUCCAACCAGGACUGUAUACUGCGAAGACUCAGAAGAGCAGUCAAAAACAACGACUCCCAGUCGUUUCACAGAUCUAUUGACGAGUUCAACGACCUCAUACUCAGUUUACGUGAGUCAGGAGCUAUCGAAUCAACCAUUAAAUCUAUUGAUAGACUGCCUACCCCGACCAUCUACGAACUGCUGAACCAAGUGUACCGACGAGUAGUCUCACCACGGACCCACGAACUGCGUGAUUAUAAGGCUUUCUCGUCGAAUGUCUACGGUGAGCUGUUGCCUCCAUUCGUUACCGAGAUAUUUCGCCAAACCAAACUGGUGCCGUCAUCAGUAUUCAUUGAUCUCGGGUCCGGAGUCGGUAACUGUGUCCUACAAGCGGCACUUGAAAUCGGUUGUGAAAGUUGGGGGUGUGAGAUGAUGAAAACGGCAUCUGAACUGGCUACAAAACAGAAAACCGAGCUGGAAAACCGUGUCAACAAACUAUACCGACUUGCUAUGGGCAGUAUCAACCUUGUAUCCUCGGACUUUGUACAAGACGAGAGCAUUCACGCGGUUCUGCACCGAGCCGACGUUUUGCUGGUCAAUAACUACGCAUUCGACGCCGAACUCAACGGCCAGCUGGUGAACAUGUUCCUCGAUCUGAAAGACGGGUGUAAAAUCGUGUCCCUCCGAUCGUUCGUGCCCACAGGCCAUGUCAUCACCGAACACAACCGCGAGUCGCCUAUCAACAUCCUCCGCGUCGAAAAACGGCACUUCUCCAACGACUCGGUCAGCUGGACCACUGCCGGCGGCGACUACUACAUCGCGACCAUCGACAGGUCCCGCCUCACGGCCUCUUAA